AUGAAGUCACUAGUAUGUAGUUGUUGUGAUGGUUAUUGUUCACCAACCAAUCCCUGUAACUGUCAAUCUUGUGAGAAACUUGACGAACAAGACAGACUACUCUUGUUAUGGGAAAACCAACAACCGAAACCUUCUGCACCACAGAUAGACUCCUGGACAUGGGGCCAACAACCUGAUACAGCUAGUUUAAAGAAAUGUCUGUCAUCAUUACUUCACGAGCACAAACAGCUGUGUCUGUAUACAGCUUCCACAACCUUCUCUUCUACGCGUCUACAUCAACGUCUAGCUGUCCUAGAGCGCUACUUUACAGCACUGUGUCGACAAAACCCUCACGAAAAACGUAGUCCAGCCAAAAAACGUCCUGAAAACAACCAACCUACAAAUGGCAGCACAGUCAAACCUGCAGAAAAAGCAACAACAGGAUUGGCCAGAGUUGGCUCACGGGCUGCUUUAAGUUUCGCUUUCGCCUUCCUGCGUAGAGCGUGGCGUUCUGGAGAAGAUGCUGACCUCUGUAGUGAUUUGUUACAAGAGGCUCUGGAAGCUUUACGGUCUCUACCAGAGGCCACUAUGUUUGAAGAAGGCUCUGUUUCCAUAGUAUGGCAGGAAGUGGUGGAAAGAGCUACCAAAUUUUUACAUGGCGUUGUAGCAGGUGAUCUGAAUGGAGGGGAUAACGCCAGAAGUUCCAGUAAAAUACCAGUUCAAGACCAACAAAUAGCGCUAGCGUUGUUACUGGAACUGGCCAUACAGCGAGGAUGUCUAAGUCAUAUAUUAUCAACAGUAUUAUUAUUAUUAAACUUAUGGAACAACAGUCAUCAUGAUUUCGAUAAUCGGAUCAGCUCUAGUUUAAAUAGUGCUCCUUUAAUACCCUUACUACGCAGAUUCGAAAAUAUUCACAACCCUAAAUUACGUUCUUUUGGAAAUUACCAUCUAAGCCCAACAGAAUGUUUCUUACGAGUUUUAACAUAUCCCAGUGAUGAAGAUAAGCCAGUAGAUUUACGACAGAGUGCUGUAGUUAUAAUGUCACAUCUAGAUAGAAUAGCAGCUCCAUACUUUCCACCCACUAGUUAUAAGACUAGUGCAGCUCAAGAAGUUAUUGGUUGUGGUUUACUAGGCUGGAAUAGAAAUUCAGACUCUCAUACAUCCCAUAGUCUAGAUUUCUUCAAUGAUACAGGAGGAUUACAACAGAUAGCUUGUUCCGAGAGAUGUUUAUUGGCCUUGACACGGACAGGGCGUGUGUAUAUCAUGUAUUAUAGCUCAGAAACUCAGUCUCCCCAGCUCGUGUCUGGGUUCGGAGAGAAAGAAGUUAUCAAGAUCUCAGCCCAUCCGGAAGGAAAACAUUAUCUAGCCCUGACUAGCGAAGGAGAUGUAUAUUCUUGGGGUAAUGGUGAUGGAGGUAGAUUAGGUCAUGGGGAUAACAUAACACGAGAAGAGCCAACAGUAGUAGCUAGUCUGUCUGGUAAACAUAUAACCAACAUUAUCUGCGGUAGUACGUAUAGUACAGCCAUUACAGCCACGGGGGAGCUCUAUACCUGGGGGCGUGGCAACUACGGUCGUCUAGGACAUGGUAGUAGUGAGGACCAAUCAACACCUAGCAUUGUCACAGCGUUAAAAGGUCAUCGAAUUAUUGAUGUGGCGUGUGGUAGUGGUGAUGCUCAUACUCUAGCUCUGGCAGAAACAGGAGCGGUAUAUUCCUGGGGUGAUGGAGACUAUGGUAAACUAGGACGUGGUGGCAGUGAUGGGUGUAAAACUCCAAAAUUAAUCGAUUUCUUCAUGGGGUUAGAGGUCGUUCGUGUUUUCUGUGGAGCUCAGUUCAGUAUGGCUCUCACAAAAUAUGGUGCCCUGUUUUCUUGGGGCAAGGGAGAUAACUAUAGACUAGGACAUGGAUCAGAAGAACAUAUCCGUCUGCCAAAGUUGAUCAAUGGUUUGUUUGGUACGAAGAUUGUGGACGUGGCUGUGGGUUCGAUGCACUGUACAGCUGUAACAGAAGACGGUGAUGUGUAUUGUUGGGGUAAAAACGAGAAUCACCAGCUUAGUGAUACAGGUGUAAACUAUGUCAUGGAACCCACGAUAAUAGCUGGUGUCGAAGGCAAGAACAUUGUUGGUACAGCUUGUGGACCUUCUCAGACGUUUGUCUGGUCAUCUAUUGGUCAAUGGUCAGUGAGUAAUCGAAUACCGUUUGUAGUGGACGUAAAUAAAACAACAUUUGAACAUCUGAAUGAGUUACUAUGUGAAGUGUGUGAUGGGAUUGAUAGCAACUCAAACUGUGAUCGUCCACCUCAACAUAAAGAAUGUAUUGCAGUUUCAGCCUUGAAUCUUCUAAACCUACAGUUAAGAGCCACAGUGAGUCAGAAUGAAUCUAAAGAGAGUCUAGGACUAGAAGCUGGUAGCCGGUUAGUGAACAGUAUUAAACAGAGAGUAGUGUGUCUAGCCAGUAACUCUGGAGUGUUGGAUACAGUACAGAGAGCAGCCCAGUCAGCCUUACAGAGUGGCUGGUCUAUUCUACUACCAACACCUGAGGAAAGAGCUAGGGCUUUAUCUUCAUUAUUAGCCACUGGAAACCUGACAAUCAUGAGUUCAGGACAGAGGUUUAUGACUGAUUUACUAGUCAGUAGUCUAAUGGCUGAUGGUGGACUGGAAUCUGCCCUCUCUGCUGCUAUUAAAAAAGAAAUACAAGAAAUUGAAAGUAAAAAGGAGAAGGAGAGUGAAGAAGAAUCUGACGAUAAAAUAGACGAAUGUUCUACGUCAGGGGGAGAGAAAUCUGGAUCUGAGACUAUGGAUAAGUCACCAACUAAUGAGAAAACAGAUUUAACCAGAGCUACCAUUCCUCUCUUACAACUCAUACAUCAACUUCUCAGGAAUUCAUCAACACAUUCUUUGUCUCGGCUCCAAGAAAUUGCCAGGAAUGCUGGCGCCAAGUCAUCUGACAGUGAACAGAAAGAAACCACUCCAUCUCUUGAUCUCUUGCUGCAAUUCCAGCGUCUGCUCAUCUCCAAAAUAUUUAUAAAAGAAACCAACAGUUUAGAAAUGCACGGAGCUGCUACGUUGCUAAGGAAAUACUGUAGUUUAUUGUGUAACCAUGUAGGAGAUAUACUACCAGCUGCAGCCAGUAUCGCAGGUCAAAGUCCACAUUAUUUUAGUCUGGUUUCUAAGAUAAUAGUCACCGAUGUCACAGGAGUACUACUACCUGAAAUGGUAACGUGUAUGGUAUUACUACAACUACGUAGUCCAGAUAUUAUAAUAACAUCACGAGCUGUACCAGUAUUAGAGGAGAUAUUAGAUAUAUUAGAUAAAUUUAAUCGUCUAGCUCCAGGACUUGAUAAAGAUGAUCUAGAUGAUUUAGCCUGGCCAGGUGUCAACAGUAAGUUGAUGAUCAAUGUUAGAAACAACAGUAGUAAAAUACAUCCAAUAGAUAUAGAAAAUGAGAUUAAAGAUGGUGGACACUGGGUAAUCAUCCACGGCAAGGUGUACGAUGUACAAGAUUUUAAAACAGAUGCUCCGUGUGGUAGAGAGAUAUUAAACGAGUAUAUCGGGCGAGAUGCGUCUGCUGCGUUCGAUACCUACAACCAUUCAGAUAACGCUCUCGAUCAAAUGGAGGAAUAUUAUGUUGGAGAUUAUCAGCCUCCCAAAGAUGUCAAUCGAGCCAAUGAAAACGUGGUUUCUUCUCCGUUGUUUGAUACAGAACGAACCUUGGCUACGUUGUUAGGGUUACAUGCAUCAGAACAGGCUCGCAGUACAGCACUUUCUAGUGAAGAAAUAGAGAGUCGUCAUUGGUUACAAGCCGAGUUUUUCUCCGGUGGAUUACAACUGUUACAACCCCAGAAUAGUUACGAUGAAGAAAAAGGUGAAAGUCGAACCCCCAGUUCAUGUACAACAACACCAGUAGAUAAAGAGAGGCUGAACGAAGGAACGUUACAGACUGACGUCUCCCGACCCUUUCUCCAGGCUCUAGUUGAGGGUAAAAUUAACGAUCCCCUGGUGAAAGGUUUCCUGGCAUUAACUGAUAGAUAUUGUAAAGAAAAUCAUCUAGUUUUACCGAUUAUAGAACAUCCUGUAGAAGAUGUGGGCAGAUUACUAAUGGCGGUAUUAUUAAAGCAUCAUGAUUUAGGACAUGUAGUACUUGGUUUGUUAGAGCACGGUCAAGGUGAACCAGGUAGUAAACAAGUACUACCAAAAUCUAUCGCAGAGAUUUGUCGACAAAUUCAUCAUACAAAGAAAACAUUGAUCAAGGCCCAUCAAGAUCAGAAUAGAUCAUAUAAAGAAGUUUGUGCGUCUGUGAUAGAACGAUGUCACUUCCUGUUUAAUGAACUUCGACCUGCAGUGGGAGAUGAGGUGUCAGCCUGUACCAGAUCGAAAUUAUUAAAAACCAUGCCCCGCUGGAGGGAGGUCAUUAUUAAGCUGGUUGAAGAAAAGAAAAAAGCUAAAGGUAUUACAGAUGAUGAAGGUAGUAAGGAUAUCUCAACGGUGAAAGAAGACGCUUCGCUUGACGAUAAAUCAGCCAUUGUAUCCGAGGAUGAUAUCAUCAUAGAAACAGAAGAUGAUGACAGCGAGACGAAAGAAGAUCCAUGGGAACAUGUAGUAAGUGCUGUAAUGUCCAGUAGAAAGUUAAGAUGGUUACGACAGAGACUGACUGGAAGUAGAACUGAGAUGCCAUUGGUUAAUAAAAUCGUAGAGUUCGUGUUAUAUGAACAUCCUAUAGAUAUUGAUAAACUUCGGAGAUCUCUUCACUUUCAGGUUGCUAGAGCUGAGCUAAGAUUAAAAGGUAUACAGAACAUGUUAUCAUUAGUGCAUAAAGAAUACCUCAUACCGUCUGUUAGAUAUAGUAUGAUGAAUGGUUGGAAUGGUUUAUUGACAGUUGGCAGAAAAUACCAUGUGCCCCUACCCCACUGUCUGAAUGACGUGAAAUUAAUCCCUCCCUGUGAUAGAAUAUUACUAGAGAUGACGUUUGCUGACCUGUAUCGCUGGUGUAUACAUGAGUUAAGACACUGUGUUAUCAAGGCUGAUCAAUAUUUUAAAUCUCUUAACAGCUUCCCUGUACCUCCCAUUGAUAAUUCUAAGGAGUCUAUGAGUUUAGGAGGAUUACCCUGUGCCAGGUUUAUUUUAUCUACGUUAAAUAUGUUAUCAACAGAACACCAGUCUUCAAGCCUCAGUUUAUUACUAAACUCUGGUACUCUGGCAUUAACACAGAGUAUUCUGAGACUCGCAGGCCCUGACCCUGAUGUGAUGGUGCCUGACAAUAAUACUGUCGUCUGCACCAUACCAGAAGAACAACGCAGUCGAAAACAGAAUCAGCCUGUCCCCCUAACUGGUACUGAGCUGGCCUCCAUGAUGAAAAUUGGUGUCCGCGUGAUGAGAGGUGUGGAUUGGAAAUGGGGAGAUCAGGAUGGACCACCCCCAGGAUUAGGGCGUGUAAUUGGAGAGCUAGGUGAAGAUGGUUGGAUUAGGGUACAGUGGGAUACUGGUAGUACCAAUAGUUAUAGGAUGGGGAAAGAGAGGAAAUAUGAUUUAAAACUGGCAGAACCCCCAGAACUUCCUGAUAAUGAUGAAGAAGAAGAUGAGGACUCAGAGUCAGCUGAGAGUAAACAUCCAACAUCUCUGGUACGAAGAUCAACUAUAUCGUUGUUACGAAUUCUAUCCGUCUGUGCAGGCGUAUAUGCAGACAAAGCUCAGAAAGAGGCUAUCAGCGCAAUGUGUGGAUUAAUGAGAACCCUUGUAGACCAUGGCUAUGUGAACUCGACAGCAAUCCAGAUAGCUAGUGAACAACACUAUAGUUGGUGUAGUCUGGGUUUUGUAAGAAGUAUAGCCACCAGUUCUCCAGUCUGUAAGGCUCUCAGUUCUCAUCACUGGAUUACCUUGUUGAUGAAAAUAUUGGAAGAAGAACAGACGAUUAAGAAAACUAAGAACAUUUAUAGACAGAUAUUAACUCUACGGUUACUACGAACGAUAUUACCAGCGUGGGAUCGUGGAAUGGAUACUGAGAGAGUCACAAGUAUCGUAAGACGUCUGUUCCGGUUGCUAGGGGUUGUUUUGACUUCCUGUUCUGCAGAUCCAACUCUAGUUACCGAAGUUGAGUCUCCACAUCGUACAAGAAAAUCUCUCCAUAUUCCCGUUUCCGUGACAGCGUCAUAUACCAGCACCAUUGCCGAGGAAAUUGUGACAUUGUUACGGACUUUACACAUACAGGAGCUCUGGAAUCCACAUAUCAACAGAUUUAUCUCUGAACAGUUCUCACAUAUUACUGAUUUACUACCUGAUAAAUACAGGCCACCACAGGUUAUUCUCGCUGUUCUAGCUAUGAUAGGUGGCGUUGAUAAUCGACCUAGAUUAGGUGGUCUCGUCAGCCAUGAUACCUACGGAACAGGAACGAUAUCUAAAAUUACUCCAAAAGGGAAGAUACAUAUACAGUUUAACGCUGAUGGGCUACAGAUGUGUCGUCUGUCUGAAAUAACAGUUGUACCAGUGAUAGAAUUCCACGUGGAGAAGUUGCCGUUGACAGAGGAGAUGAUCUUUAGUUGGUCGAGAUUGGUUAGUCUAGCCAGUACAUGUAGUAUUAUAGAGAGAGAUACAGAUAUUCCCCGGGCACCCCUAGCAACAAGUACCGGCACUAUUGUGAGUUAUAACCGUGAUGUAAACAAACUACAACUAAAACUCGGCCUACUAAAAGCUGGUCGCGUUUUAUUUCAUCGCCAGAGUAUUCUACGUAGAAUUCUACUUCAACAGACAGCUAUUCCUAGUAACGAGACUGUUGCCAUAGAACAACCUGCGCCGUCUGGUGAUGAAGAAGGACAGCUAGAGACACCUAGUGUCAAUAAUUUACUACAACAGAUAUUAAUGGCUGCCACUCAACCGUCACCUUUAAAAGCCAUGUUCACACGCGAAGAGAUGGAGGCAGCAGCUUUAUCAGUGACUCAAUAUCUGACAGCUGAGAUGGGAUUGGUGUCUGAUUCAGAACUCGAUACCAGCUCAGAAGAGGAACAGAUCCGAGAUCUCAGUUCUAGUUUGAUUUCACCCCCCAACCUACCCUCCUUCAACUCUCUCCCACCCUCCCAGAGUUCUGCUAGACCAUCAAAACAAAAGAAGAAAGUGAAGCCUCCUGCCCCUGCAGCAUCCCCAAUAGUCACCCAGAUGGUGGAGAUGGGAUUCACAAGAAAACAUGUCGAUGUAGCUGUUAAGGCUUUGAAUGAAAGUGGUUCAUUAUUUCCUGAGGGUGAAACACCAACAGCAGAGUCUCUAGUGGGAUGGCUGCUAGAACACCAGGACACUGCCCCUCCUGACGAUACUGACACAGAAAGUCUCUCAUCAGUCGACGGCUACACCGAUACAGACUCCAUGUCUGAAGAUUUUGAAGAAUAUGAUUCUUUCGAGCAUGCUAUGAGUGAACGGGGAGCUUCAGGAGGAACUCAACCCUAUAAAAAACGUAAUGAUUUUAUGAGCAGUGAUGAAUACGCGAAAUACGUCCAGGACCAUAUUGAAGAAAACAUGAUGAUACGAUGUUGUAAAACUUACGAAGAAGUUCAUGAAGGUGAUAUCGGUAAAGUAAUCAAGCUGGAUCGUGAUGGACUACAUGAUUUGAACAUCCAGGCUGACUGGCAGAGAAAGAGUGGAACUUACUGGGUACGAUAUAUACACGUUGAAAUGUUGGGAUUCAGCAACCCUUCAGAGAGCCUGUCAUCCAUUAAACUAGGAGAUAAGGUUCGAGUGAAGCCAUCGGUAUCAACACCUACAUAUAAAUGGGGAUCAGUGGGUCACGGUAGUAUUGGAACAGUUACAGCAAUCAACCCUAAUGGUAGAGAUAUCACUGUAGAUUUUCCUCAACAAGCUCAUUGGACAGGAGUGAUAGAUGAGAUGGAACCGGUACCUUCAACUCAUCAUAGAGUCGUUUGUCAAGGAUGUGAGUUCAGUCCACUGACUGGCGCCAGAUAUAAAUGUAAAGUCUGCGAGAAUUAUGAUCUUUGUGAAAAUUGUUUUAAAAACAUCAAGACUCAUCGACAUCCCUUUAUAAAGAUAACAGAACCUGGUAGUGAUCCACUGUUUGUUGGUAAACCAGGUAAAACCAGUAAACAAUCCUCCAGUUUAUUACAAGGCUAUCUGGUCGACAAUUGGAGAAUGUGUGUCAAAAAUAUCACAGUUUCCUCUCGUGAAAACCAGGCUGAACGUCUGAUUGACUCCAACACUGGAUACUGGCAAAGUAUUGGUUCACAGGGCAAGCAUUGGAUUCGCCUAGAGAUUCAGCCAGAUAUAGUUAUUAAUAGAUUGUAUAUGAGAGUGGAUCCAGAUGAUUCAAGCUACAUGCCAUCACUAGUUGUCAUCAGUGGAGGUGACUCUACACACAAUCUGAAAGAAUUACGAACUGUACACAUCUCUUCUACAGAAUCCUUGGUUACUCUCUUACAAGAUAUGUCAGACUAUCACCAUAUAAUAGAAAUAGCCAUACGUCAGUGUCGUAGUAGUGGUAUCGAUUGUAAGAUACACGGACUGUGGAUUGUGGGAAGGUUGAAAUCAGACGAUGAGGAAGCCGCAGCAAAUUUCUCGUUCCUGGCCUCGGAUAAAGAGGAAGAGGAAGAACGAGGGGGAGUGACUGGACGAAAGAAAAGUAAAGUUUUAGUCUCCAGUAAUAAAGAUAUCCAGACCCACGUGUUUGUCUGGGGUUUGAAUGAUAAAGAUCAACUCGGUGGACCCAAAGGAUCAAAGAUUAAACUACCAGGUAUCAAUGACACUCUCUCAUCAUUAAAAUGUAUACAGAUUUCUGGUGGAUCAAAAAGUCUCUUCUGUGUGACUCAAGACGGUAAAGUCUAUGCGUGUGGUGAAGCUACCAAUGGUCGUCUGGGAUUAGGUACUAACAAUGGUAAUGUGUCGGUACCACGACCUCUCAACUGUCUCAGUCAGUAUGUUGUUAAAAAAGUGGCGGUACAUUCAGGAGGACGACAUGCCAUGGCCCUCACUGUAGAUGGUAAAGUUUUCUCUUGGGGUGAAGGAGAUGAUGGUAAACUAGGUCAUUCUAGUCGCAUGACAUGUGAUACACCACGACUAAUUGAAGCGUUGAAAUCUAAACGUGUACGAGACAUAUCGUGUGGUAGUAGCCACAGUGCUGCCAUCAUAUCAAACGGUGACCUGUAUACCUGGGGCCUUGGUGACUAUGGUAGACUGGGUCAUGGUGAUAACACCACACAGCUUAAACCAAAACAGGUGAAAGCUCUGUCAGGACAGAGAGUCAUACAAGUUGCAUGUGGAAGUAGGGACGCCCAGACUCUGGCCCUAACUGAUGAUGGGAACGUCUAUUCCUGGGGUGAUGGUGAUUUUGGAAAGCUGGGACGAGGAGGUAGUGAUGGAUGUAACGUGCCCCAUGUGAUAGACAGGCUGACUGGGAUGGGAGUUUGUCAGAUUGAAUGUGGUGCUCAGUUUUCUCUAGCUCUUACUAAAUCUGGACAAGUUUGGACAUGGGGAAAAGGAGAUUAUUUCCGAUUAGGACAUGGAACAGAUGCUCACGUUCGGAAACCACAGUUAGUGGAAGGGUUAAAAGGGAAGAAAAUAGUACAUGUGUCUGUUGGAGCAUUACAUUGUCUGGCUGUUACAGAGGCUGGACAGGUGUAUGCCUGGGGUGAUAAUGAUCACGGACAGCAAGGCAACUCAACAACUACAGUCAACAGAAAGGCUGCGUUAGUUCAUGGAUUAGAAGGCUAUAAAAUAACACGAGUGGCAUGUGGAUCAAGUCACAGUGUAGCCUGGGCAACAACAGAUCUUUCAGCACCGACAUCACACGAACCUGUUCUCUUCUCCACCUCUAAAGAUCCUCUGGGUUCUUCUCUUGUUGGAACUAUAGAUGAAACUGCAAUUCCAUCACCACAGUCCAACCAGAAUAAAAAUGGCCGACCAUCGCUAUCUAAAAUAAUACUAUCAUUAGAAUCUGAUCAGGAGAAACAGAAAGCGUUAACUCAUGUUCUUACAGCUUUACAGAUUAUAUUUGCCAGAGAUGCUGUAGUGGGAGCAUUAAAACUAGAAACACAAACAGUAGGUGAUACCAAGCUAAACCCCAGUAUGUUAGUCAGUUUUAAUGGUCAGUCUGAAUCCAGUACACUAGCCUUGGUCAAAUCAGAUGUCAUUGAUCAUAGUGAUAUGGGUGUUUCAAUGGUUGACUCUCUUGAUACAGUAAGUUGGGGUUUAUAUUGGCUUAUUGUUAUUCUUAAAGGUCAAGUUCCUCAAAUAGAACUCCCAGCAUUCCCCAGUAUGCAUAGUCUAGCUGCUAAAGUUUCCCCGGCAACUAGUAUCAUAGUGGAGACCUUUACAUCAACAGAAGAAGUGACACGCCCUGCUGAUAAUCAACUAGCUAGUUAUCCCCCCUGUUUAGACGAGUUUACAAGUAAGAUAACGACUGAAGAUGCCAGGGUGUUGGUGGAUCUGCUGAAACUUGCUGUAGCUACUAGAGUAGGAGAGAAAGGGAAGGAAACGCUAUCUGAACAACUCAAUAGUCUUGGGAAAUCUACAGCAAUGGUGGCUGAAAUGUUACUAGAGCUAUGUGUAACAGAAUUAGAAGAUGUUGCUACGGAUACAGAAUCCGGUCGUCAGGCAGCUCAGCCAGUAGUUCAAGAAUCACCCCACCCCUAUACAGAUGACACGUCACUGACUGGUCACGUUAAAAUACCAGGGGCUGAAUCUUUACGUGUAGAAUUCGAUAGACGAUGUUCAACAGAACGCAGACAUGAUCCAUUAUCUAUACAAGAUGGAACUGGAAGGACAGUAGCCAUUAGAUCUGGUCGUGAGUGGUCUGAUUGGUCACAAGAAUUAAGAAUCCAAGGACAGGAACUACGUUGGAAGUUUACAAGUGAUGGGUCGGUGAAUGGGUGGGGCUGGUUAUUAACGGUGUACCCUGUAAUGCCAGCAGCCGCUCCAUUAGACCUGCUGUCAGAUCGUACCAUCCUCUCCAGACCUUCCAUUAACCUGGUCACCUGUCUGCUGGAUCUCAAACUGGAUCUUCCCAUGGACAGAAACAUUGUUCCUCGACUGGCUGCAGCUUUGGCUGCUUGUGCUCAGCUUAGUUCUUUAGGUGCCAAUCAAAGAAUGUGGGCGUUACGUAAACUUCGUAAAUUAAUGGCGUGUAACAUGGCGUCUGUAUUAAAUAUACAGAUGUUGAUGGCCAGUCCACCUGAGAGCCCAGAUCAAGAUGCAUUAAGUGGAACAGCUCUAGCUUCGUUAGUGAAAGGUUUACCUGAAGCCCUACAGAGACAGUUUGAUUAUGAAGAUCCUCUAGUACGUAGUGGCAAACAUCUCAUGCAUAGUCCAUUCUUUAAGGUAUUAGUCGCGCUGGCCUGUGAUCUACAUUUAGACACUCUACAAUGUUGUGCCGAGGCUCAUAAAUGGGUGUGGUUUAGACGAUACUGUAUGGCAGCAAGAGUGGCCAAUGCCAUUGUGAAUCGUCUCCCCUUACCACAAGUUUUCUGUGAUGAAGUUUUAAAGAAGAUACAAGAUAUCGCUGCUGAAGGAGAAGAAGAAAGUCACGAACACAAAGAUCAGAUGGUAUUUAAAUUAGGUCAAGAUGAGCAACUCUUACAAUGGCUUAACAGGAGACCCCAAGAUUGGACAUUAUCAUGGGGAGGAAGUGGUCAGAUCUGGGUGUGGGGACACAAUCAUCGUGGACAGCUGGGUGGAGUAGAAGGGGCGAAGGUAAAGUUACCAAUAAGCUGUGAAUCUCUGGCCUCAUUACGUCCAAUACAACUGAUUGGUGGAGAACAGACAUUAUUUGCUGUUACUGCUGAUGGAAAGGUAUAUGCUACAGGGUAUGGUGCUGGUGGAAGAUUAGGUAUUGGAGGAAACGAUUCCAUCUCAACUCCAACUCUCCUGGAAUCCAUCCAACAUGUCUUCAUCAAGAAAGUAGCUGUUAAUUCCGGUGGAAAACACUGUCUAGCUCUAUCAGCUGAGGGUGAGGUGUAUUCCUGGGGAGAGGGGGAGGAUGGAAAACUCGGACAUGGUAACAGAAGCCCGUGUGAUAGACCAAGAGUUAUAGAAUCUUUACGAGGUAAAGAAGUUGUUGAUAUUGCUGCUGGUGGGGCUCACAGUGCCUGUAUAACAUCUAAUGGAGAACUCUACUCCUGGGGUAAAGGUCGCUAUGGAAGACUGGGACAUGGAGAGAGUGAGGAUCAAGCACGUCCAAAAUUGGUUGAAGCAUUAAAAGGAUAUAGAGUUACUGAUGUAGCUUGUGGUAGUGGUGAUGCUCAGACUCUCUGUAUCACAGACGAUGAUUCUGUUUGGUCCUGGGGUGAUGGAGACUAUGGUAAAUUAGGUCGUGGAGGUAGUGAUGGAUGUAAGAUACCAGUAAAGAUAGAAUCCUUACAAGAUUGGGGUGUCAUCAAAGUUGGUUGUGGAUCACAAUUCUCAGUCGCUUUAAGCAAAACAGGAGCUGUCUACACUUGGGGAAAAGGAGAUUAUCAUAGACUAGGUCAUGGAUCUGAUGAUCAUGUCAGACGACCAAGACGUGUGAAUGCUCUACAGGGGAAGAAAGUGAUAGAUAUAUCUUGUGGAUCGUUACAUUGUGUAGCCUGUACAGAUCAAGGAGAAGUGUUUACGUGGGGUGAUAAUGAUGAAGGUCAACUAGGAGACGGAACAACUAAUGCUAUACAGAGACCUAGAUUAGUGGCAGCUUUACAAGGCAAGAAGAUCAACAGAGUAGCUUGUGGUUCAGCUCACAGUUUAGCGUGGUCGACUCACAAACCAGUCAGCGCUGGUAAACUACCAACAGACAUCCCCAUGGAAUAUAAUCAUUUAAAAUCAAUAUCUAUCAUUACGUUAAGAAAUCGUCUCGUUCUGCUACAUCAUUUCUCAGACUUGUUCUGUCCAUCAAUCUCCAUGUUUGAUUUACAAGACACGGCCCCUGGGGAGGAGGCGAACGAUAAUGGAAAUGGUUUUGAUACUCUACGUGGUGUUCUUGUGUCGUCUGCUAAGGAAACAGCAUUCCGAAAGGUUGUCCAAGCUACAAUGGUUAGAGAUAAACAACAUGGUCCUGUUGUGGAACUCAACAGAUUACAGGUUAAAAGAUCGAAGAAUAAAGGAGGAUUUGCUGGACCUGAUGGAAUUAAAUCUGUGUUUGGUCAAAUGGCUCAGAAAAUGUCUGUAUUUGGUCCUGAAAGUUUGAUGUUACCUCAUAGAGUCUGGAAGGUGAAAUUUGUUGGUGAAAGUGUCGAUGAUUGUGGUGGAGGUUAUAGUGAAUCUAUCGCUGAGAUUUGUGACGAGUUACAAAAUGGUUGUCUACCUUUACUGAUAGUAACACCAAACGGUCGUGAUGAAUCAGGUUUCAAUAGAGAUUGCUUCAUCCUUAAUCCUCUCCUUAGCUCACAACUACAUCAAAAUAUGUUCAGAUUUUUAGGUAUAUUAAUUGGUAUAGCUAUUAGAAGUGGUAGUCCUCUUAGUUUAAAUAUAGCUGAAUCAGUGUGGAAACAACUGGCCAGUAUGCCAUUAAAUAUCUCUGAUUUAACAGAGCUAGAUAAAGAUUUCUUACCAGGAUUAAUCUGUAUCAAAGGAAUGGAUGAUGAGAGUUUAAAGGCAGCUGAUAUGCCAUUCAGUAUUCCCAGUGCUUCUAGUCAGGAGGUUCAUCUCAGUUCUAAAUAUUCCCGUAUUACUCCAGAGAACAAGUCAGAAUAUAUCAAAUUAGCCAUGAAUUAUAGACUACAUGAAUUUGAUGAUCAGAUAAAAUGGGUGAGAGAAGGAAUGUCAAAAGUUGUACCAGUUCCAUUAUUAUCUUUAUUUACUGGAUUUGAACUGGAAACUAUGGUUUGUGGCAGUCCAGAUAUACCACUGACUCUAUUAAAAGCUGUAGCUACGUAUAAAGGUAUUGAAUCCACCUCAUCAUUAAUACAAUGGUUCUGGGAGACCAUGGAAGAUUUCACCAAUAAUGAACGCUCGUUAUUUUUACGAUUUGUCUGGGGUCGUACCAGGUUACCUAGAACUAUAGCUGAUUUUAGAGGCAGAGAUUUUGUACUCCAGGUUCUGGAUAAAUAUAAUCCACCAGACCAUUUCCUACCAGAAAGUUAUACUUGUUUCUUUUUAUUAAAAAUGCCAAGAUAUUCCUGUAAGUCUGUGUUACGUGAGAAACUGAAAUAUGCCAUCCAUUUCUGUAAGUCGAUAGAUACAGAUGAUUACGCGAGAGUGGCAUUAACCGGUGAAACCAUGGACGAAGACACGCCAGAUGGCAACGAAGAUACAGAUGAUAUGGAAUGUAUGGAUUCUGAGGGUGAAAUCGUGGAUUCUGAUACGAGUUAAAUUGCAAGAUAUAUGUUUUUAAUCGGAAGGAGACCAUCAAAUGAGAUUUGAAUGACAUAUUUGUCAAAUAUCUGUUAAUUCUAAUUCGAGAUCAACCAAAUAUAUAUUAAAUUUCAAGGGAAGAAAAUGUCAACUUUUAUACUUGUACAUAUUUCAAUUCUCAAUGACAUCUUUUAAAAGACUUUAUUUUUAAAAAGGUUUAGAUAUCAUGACGUCAAAAUAACAUACAAGAGAACCACGAAUCAUAAAUCAGCUGAUCAAGAGAAUAUUUAGACGAAUUUAUCCCUUAUGAAAGUAACUAGUAUUAAUUCUCAAUAGUGGCAUCAAAUGUCCGAGGUGAGAUAAUACAAUGGUUGUGGCUAUUCGCACCGUGAUGAUACAACAUCAUACCAUCUCUAUCCCGAAACCUAGAAAAGUCACUUUAAAGCAUUCUUGACAAUCAAAAUGGCUUCACGCCCGAGAAAAAAUCCAUUGCCCAUGUACAACUCGAAUGAAGCUUCUCAUUGGCUGCUAACAACGGUGCAGAAGAGGUGGAAAACAAAUACAAUAUGAGUUGUGACAGUUUUUAUUUAUCUUAUGAAAAAUACCUGAUAGCACUCUAAGACUUGGAUUGUCAACUCUCCAUCCCUUUCUCAGAGAGUCUCACUGGAGCUAAUAAAGCUAAUCUUCAACAAUACCUGUGCACAUUUAUUAGUUUUUAACCAUUAAAUCAUGAAAAACAAAUGAACCAUUUUCCUAAUAAAUCUAUAUUUCUAAUAUAUUUUUUGGGGGUAAAUAUCCCUUUAAUUUUCGAAUUUCUGACAUCAAUUUUUUCAUAAUUCAUCAUUUGAUCUCAAAACAUUAACCAAUGAGAGAGUCAACUCCAUAUUUACAAGUUUUGUUUUUAUUGUAUAUUUAGUUAAACAAUGGGAUUGUUGAAUAUAUUGAUAUGACUUCACCUUAAACUAAGUAAACCAACAUUGAAAUGAUCAGUUGAAUAUUUUUUUGGGUUUGUUUGGUUUUUUUAUGUAUUACUUUAUAUCUGCCAGCUUUUUUAAAAUUGUAUUCCAUUAAAGUGACAGGUAGGCCAUUUGUUUUUGACCAAUCAUACUUUACUCUCAGAAACUGGGAUUUUUAAGCUAAGCUAAUCAUUAAUAGUGUUCACAGCUCACUGUUGAAAUUUGAGCCUUCAAAUCCAGGUGUGUCCAGAAUUAUCUGGGUUUGAAUGUCAAUUUAAGAUACUCUGUGUUAUAGAAAAGAUAUAUAUAGAAAUAGUGAGUAAAAUUCCUAGUUUAAGGUAUUUUUAAAGGAAUUAUGUGAUUUUCAUACAUUUCAAGUUCUUCUGAAGACUAUUUACAUAUAUUACAGAAUCUAAUCAACUCCCAAAAAAUGGCGCAUCUGUCCCUUUAAAAUGCACAAAUCAUGUUUACUGUAUUUUGGACAGUGAAAUAAAAGGACUGAUAUUUGUAUUAUAUUGUUAAACAAACAAGUUAUUUACUUAUGACUGAAACUUACUGACUCUUGUCUAGCAUAUUAUUGCUAUUUGAUGUAUGUCAUUCAGUGUAGAGUUUUAAAAAAAAACAAGACCUUGUUCAAUAUCUAUCAAAAUCUAAAUGAAAAUAAGUUAGUAAGUUUUUUGGUGUAGCUUAUUGCUUUUAUUUACAAAAACAUGGUGGCAAUUUUAGUUUUAAUAUUUUUGUGAUGGAUUUUGGACUGUCAUGCUUCUACCUUAUUAUUGCUUAUAUCUGAAAAUUUCAUCAUUUCAAUCAUCAAAUGUCAAUAUUAGAAUGGUCUCAUUGACCCAGAAACACAAUUUUAUAUAGUUUAAUAUAAAAUGUUUUGAAGGGGGCUGUUUCUGAAAUGCACAAAAAUAAUUUAUAAUUGUGUGACUUAUUUUUUGUAUUUUGACCAUGCUGGGCCACUGUUCAAGAAAAAAAAAUAGUGGAAUUGAGAAAAAACCAUACUUAUGACUUGAUCGAUCAGAGAUUUCUUGUUAAAAGGAGCUCUGAUGAUUAUUAGAUGUACACUGAAUGUACAGUUAUAUCUGAUAGAUAAUAUUCCAUAUCAUAUCAUUAUAUAACACUGUUAAUAUUCAUAUCACACUGUAUAUAUCUCAUUUUAUUUUAUUUUCUCUCAUAUUCACAGUUCUAGUUUAAGAAAACUUUUGACUUAAAUCUAACUGACAUGUUAUUCCAUAUAUUGUAUAAUUGCGAGUAUAAUGCGCAUGACUUCUUACUUCUUUAAGACGUUGCUUAACUGACGGUUAUCCCAUAUACUGUAUAAUGCGCAUAUAAUUACCUUCUUACCCUUGAGUAAAUCUGAAAAAAUGUAUAUUACUAUAAAUGAUAAUUACCGUAUAAUUUCGAAUACAAUGCGCAUCUCAUACCCUCGAAGAAUCUUCAUCAAACCUAAUUGACUGGAGCACAUACCAUGCUGCUGGCACAUGUUUCUGAUAUACAAUCAUCAUCAGCACACCUGGAUAAGAAGUGGGGAUGAAAUUCCAAUAUUUUGAAAUUCUAAAUGAAGUUGAGAAACUAAAACUAUGAAUACGAGAUGAACUGUAAGAAAUAUUGUUAUUGCUUUAUUUUGUUGUCGUGGGAAACUAAUUUCACCAGUCGAAUAGACAUAAUAUACUGAAUAAAAAUAUUCAUAAAU